CAAAAGAUCGGAUGCUCCUUAUCUCGAGGUGACAGAAGCCCUCCAGACAAGCCCUAGGAAGGGCGGAUUUGGAGGUGACUUCAAAAGGGGUGGAGGGUGACAAGGUGAGGAAAGGGGCACAGCAGCUGGAACCAUGUACCACUAGAAAUGGAGGUGACUUGGUGAAAAAAAGGUAUGGCCCAGAGACAGGGUCUGGGAACCCCUAAUCGCUGAAUGGGGACAGCCUGGGUUUUCCCAGACAGUUUUGGGGGACUUCAUUGAAAAAAGUGGGGGAUCCUUUCCACUUAGAGGGUGGCAAAGACACCAAGGUUGAGUUCCUCCCUGACAUUGGCAGUGCCCCAGCAGGGAUGGGGUUGAGCUAAUAUAUCAAUGCUAAUGACCGGUACCCUUUAGGUUACAAGAGUGGAUUUGGGAGGAGUGCGGGUCCCCAAAAUAGGGUAGAAAGGUGCCUGGGACUAUUGGAACCACAUCUUGCAAAUUUUGAGGGUCUUGACUUUGGCCUAAGGGAAGUGGGGACAGGGACAGUGAAGAACAGGGUAGUUUCCAGUAGGGGACAAAAGUCGAGGGUGGGGUCAACAGAUACACAGGGUGCUGGGGCCAGUAGAGCUAGCACUGGGCCCCAGGGUGGGAGCUGGCGGCUGGGGGUUGGGGGGUCUGGGGCUUAUCCUCAGGUCCCGAGGGUGAGGCGGUGAGUUGGGACCCCAGAGUCGAGAGGAUGCCCUGGUGAGCGGGCUUCUCUUGAGGAGCCCAGAGCGCUCCGGGCCCCUGCCAGUUUGGGGGUGUCUCCUCCCGGGGCGCCAUGGCGGCUCUGGCCAGUAGCCUGAUCCGGCAGAAGCGGGAGGUCCGCGAGCCCGGGGGCAGCCGGCCCGUGUCGGCGCAGCGGCGCGUGUGUCCCCGCGGCACCAAGUCCCUUUGCCAGAAGCAGCUCCUCAUCCUGCUGUCCAAGGUGCGACUGUGCGGGGGGCGGCCCUCGCGGCCGGACCGCGGCCUUGAGCCUCAGCUCAAAGGCAUCGUCACCAAACUGUUCUGCCGCCAAGGUUUCUACCUCCAGGCGAAUCCUGAUGGGAGCAUUCAGGGGACCCCAGAGGACACCAGCUCUUUAACCCACUUCAACCUGAUCCCUGUGGGGCUCCGUGUGGUCACCAUCCAGAGUGCCAAGCUGGGUCACUACAUGGCCAUGAACGCGGAGGGGCUGCUGUACAGCUCGCCACAUUUCACAGCUGAGUGUCGCUUUAAGGAAUGCGUCUUCGAGAACUACUACGUUCUGUAUGCCUCCGCGCUCUACCGCCAGCGCCGCUCUGGCCGGGCCUGGUACCUGGGCCUGGACAAGGAGGGCCGAGUCAUGAAGGGAAAUCGAGUCAAGAAAACCAAGGCAGCUGCCCACUUUGUGCCCAAGCUCCUGGAGGUGGCCAUGUACCGGGAGCCUUCUCUCCACAGUGUCCCUGAGACCUCCCCUUCCAGUCCUCCUGCCCCCUGAAAUGUAGUCCGUGGACUGGAGGCUCCCUGCCCUUGCACGGAGCCGGCCACUCUCACAGCCUGUCCCCUAGCCCUGCUCCCGGCCCUGCCCCAACCCCUGCCGCCAUACUCAUGCCCUGAGCAGCCAAGUCCCAGCGGGUGCUCUAUCCUAAGGGAGCCGAGGGGCUGGCUGUGACUCCCCACCAUCCCUGACCCCAGGCUUCCAGCUCCUGGGAGGAGUUCAGGAGGGGGAUUCUGAUAAUGGUCCUGGGUGAUCACUUCUUUCCUUCCACACAGCCCCUCAAAGCCUUUUCCCAAGAAGGCCCAAGGGGGGAUCCAAAGCCGAGAGAACAGCACCCUGGGCUCAGUCAGUUCCUGGAGCCCUAUGCCCUCUUCAUUGCCACUGAGCCAUAGAUUUAUAGGUCCAUGAGAGCUCAGGAUCAGUUUCCUUUUUGCCCGACUCCACCUCCUGCCUUGUUCUGGACGGGUUCUGGAGCACCGGGCACCCUGGCCAGGGCCCUUUUUGCACUAAGGCUCUGUGCUGGAAUGCUGGCAUGCUGCCAGGCUCUGCUCUGGAUCCAGCAGGCUUCUGUCCUUGACCCAGAUGGACCCCUGGUUUCCAGGUAGAGGGAGGCUAGAUUUGAGCCCUGUCCAGCUGCUGGCCUUGGCCUGAACUAGGACCAGUCUCAGAUCACCAGUUUUAACUUUCUUAUCCCAAAGACACCCAAUUCUAGAGCAUGGGGUUCUAGAUGCACAUGGAGCCAUACGUCCUUCUGAAUCUCAGCUCUAGGACAUAGACCACGAUUCUCAGCCCUUCCCUCCAGCAUGGAACUGGGUCCUAUACAGCCAUAUUAGUGCUCAUAGAGACCCACCCUCCUACCUUCUCUAGUAACGCCUAUCACAGGUGAGCUCCGGAAAGAACCCAGCUCUGAUUCACCAAGAACUUUGUUGAUGAAUCAAGAAACACUUCUGUUUUUUCCUAGACUUUCUUAAAAUCCGAUUCUUCCUAUAGAACGCUAACCUUAUUUUUACAUGCCGUUUCCAGCUCGGGCAGCUCAGCUGGGGUCCUUCCAGGGAAACGGAGUCUGAGGAAGGGCAGAGGAGUUUGGGAAGGAAUCUUUGCUCAUAGCAGGGAAGCUGGGAUGGCCAAGGGGCCAAAACCGUGGCAUUAUUUUGGCUGUGCCUGGGUUGGGGGCACGUGAACACUUAGCUACCUCAGCAGGAAUUCCUUCCAGAUCCCCUUUAAAGCUGAGGUCUCUAAGGUAAUGAGUCUAGAAUGAAAAGAACAAACAGGACACAGCGUUGCUCCCCAGUGCAGGACCCCAAUUCAGCAAUAAGUUCUGCCCCUCUCCCCUACAAGUCAGGCCAAGGACGGUGAGGGCCCCUUGGGCUCUGAGACCUCACAUAACCCCGGAGCUUCUGACUUAAUAGAACUUGCUUUACCUUACAGCUUAUAACUUCAGCUAAGUUUUAGGUACCCAAAAAGGGCCUGACUAGAUUUUUCUGAAAAGCGUGGAGAGCUAGGGGCAGGCCUGAAAAAUAUCAGGAGCCCACCAGUGAACUAGGGGACCCGGGGAGACCCUAAAGGGAGAGGCUCUAUUUCUCGCUUGUUGCAAGAGGGGUACAUACUCCCCUGGCCCGCACAGACCCCCGCUCAGGAUCAACCCAUCUCCUGGCUGCUCCCACAGGACAGGGUCUCCACUCCAUGCUUUCUCAAUUAAAGAAGAUUUAUACAACU